UCUGUAGGCUGCGAAUAUCAUCCAGAUAACAAUGGAAAACCAUGGAGUUAGCCGGGACGUAUUGACAUGUGAUACUAUGAUUUCUUCUGCUUGUGCACAUUCUCAAGAGGAGAAUGCUUUGAAGUUGCUUCAGAAAAUGGAAAAGGAUUCAUGCAAACCAGAUCUUAAAACUUAUGCACCAUUGCUGAAAAUGUGCUGCAGGAAAAAGAGGAUGAAGGUUCUCAACUUUCUUUCGAGCGACAUGUUUAAGAAUGAUGUCAGUAUUGAUCAACGAACCUAUGCUCUGUUGAUAAAUGAGCCGUGCAAGAGUGGAAAACUUAAGAGGGCUUGCUUGUUUUUUGAAGAAACAGUUUUGAAGGGAAUGAUUCCUAUGGAUAGCACUUGCAAAAUGUUGGCAGAGGAGCUAGAGCGGAAGAAUAUGGCCAUAGAGAAGGAACGGAUCGAGAAAUCGAUGCCUCAGGUAAAAGAAUGAGAUAGUUGUGGAAUACAUUCUCACUUACCUCUACUGUUAUUCUUCUCAUGGUGUCAUGCUAGUUAACUGACCUGCAAAGGAAAAACCAAUCCAGUCACUGGGCAAACUGACAAUUGAAACAACGAUGAAGAACAAUCAGCAUAUGGCCUGGGGUCAUCCUACGUAAUAUGUUCCCUUCUGAGGACAGUAAUCUUCAUUAUUGUGUCUAGAAUUGCAAAGGAAAGCUUUAGAAGGUUACACCUUUCUCAACAAUGAAUGGUUUAUACCUCGGAAAGUCUCAUGGUUUCAUUUGUUAUGCGGCCAAGUUUUUAUCUGAUAUAACAGAAUACAAUUUGUUAUG